UGCAGACAUGAUUCAAACUCUGAUUCUCACUGGGGUUUUGCUUCACAUUGGAGAUGGAGCUUGGAUUGAUAAACUGAAUAUAGGAGUGAAAUCUGGAUCUCCAGGCAUUAUUCCAUGUCUAUAUAAAGAACAAUAUAAAGAAAAUCACAAGUAUUGGUGUCAGGGGAUGUUUUGGAGCUCUUGCACUAUAUUGGCAUUUGGAAAUGGCCCAAGAAGUAAAUUUUCCAUCACUUAUUACCCAGCGCAAAGUAUCUUUACAGUGGAAUGGCAGAAUCUGCAGCCGUCAGACUCUGGAUAUUACUGGUGCGCUGUGGAGAUCGGUGACAGUGGGAUACCAGACGCUCGUUAUUAUUUGUAUCUGAAGGUACAACCAGUUCCUGAUGUGUCUGUGAAGAGCAGCAGUGUAUCUGGACAUGAGGGUGGUAAUGUCAGUGUCCAGUGUUUCUACAGCUCAGAAUAUCACAAUAAACUCAAAGGCUGGUGCAGAUUUAAAGAUAAGAGGUGUUUCAAAGAAGAAAAGACUGACACAUCCCAGAAUCCAUCAGUGCAGAUCAGUGAUGAUGGUGAAAGCUCCUUCACUGUGCUGAUGACUGGACUGACACUCUCUGAUUCUGGAUGGUAUUUCUGCUCUGCUGGAAAUCUGCAGGUUCCUGUUCGACUCACUGUCACUAAACCUGAACCCAAAGCAGCCAUGACUACUGGUUCAAGACCCAAAUCACGUGUAAAAGACCCUUAUCGCCCUCCAACAACAGAUUCAGAGAUUAACACGGGAAAAGACAACAAGGAUGAACAAAACAAGUAUGACAUGAUUCUGAUCAUGUGCCUUGUAGUGACACUUGCGCUUUUACUGCUCGUCGCUCUUUUUACCAUAAUAAUCAGAAGGAUGAGAAAGAAUCCAGAAGGUGAUCCAAUUAGAGAAGAACGUUUUAACAGCAGCACCAUGAAUACUAUGCCCUCUGAAAACCAAAUGACAUCUAUCAGUCCUGCAGAAGCUGAUUCUUCUGCUGAUGAUAGUUCUAUGGUUUACAGUCCUGUCUCUUUUACUAAGACACGUUUAUCAUCAGUGGACCCCAUAGCUGAUGUGCUCUACAGCGCUGUGAUGAAAGAUCGCAAAACUGUAUAAUGCAGAAUUAUUUAAUGGCCAAAUAAAGGAAGGAGACAUAUCAGCAUUUUUGAAGAAGAUGAAUCUUGCUUUAAUAUUUCUUCUCAUCCUUAGUUUUAAGUUCAAAUUACUCUAAAGACAAUUUACCAUGCUUUUACUAAAAGAAGAAAACAAACAACAUACAUGGUGAACAAAAAUCAGCCAUGGUUUUGCUAUACUAUAGUAUUUGAAAAAAAAAAAAAAA